GUAUUUUACACACCUACUUUGCCAACAAGUUCCGCGUUUGGUUGUUUUAUAACUCAAUGACCAAAUUAUCCUCCCUCUUCUGCUGAUUCUGCGGAUACAUCACCUCAGCGCUUAUCUCCAAGAUGUCAGACAGGGGGGCUUUUGAUACCAAUGUGGUUACUUUAACGAGAUUUGUUUUGGAGGAAGGAAGGAAAGCGAAAGGAACGGGAGAGUUGACAACACUUUUGAAUUCACUGUGCACAGCCAUCAAAGCAAUCUCUAGUGCUGUGAGGAAAGCUGGCAUCGCCAAUCUUUAUGGCAUUGCUGGAAGCACCAACGUGACUGGAGACCAGGUGAAGAAGCUGGAUGUCCUCUCCAAUGACCUGGUCAUCAACAUGAUCAAAUCCUCCUUCACCUCUUGUGUGCUUGUCACUGAAGAGAACGAGGAGGCCAUCAUUGUGGAACCUGAAAGCAGGGGCAAAUAUAUAGUCUGCUUCGAUCCUCUGGAUGGCUCAUCAAACAUCGACUGUCUGGCUUCAAUCGGCACUAUAUUUGCAAUCUACAGAAAGAGCUCGGAUGAUGACCCGUGUGAGGGGGAUGCCCUGCAGCCUGGCAGGAACAUCGUGGCAGCAGGCUAUGCCCUCUACGGUAGUGCCACCAUGCUGGUGCUCUCCACUGGCCAGGGGGUCAACUGCUUCAUGCUGGAUCCAGCCAUAGGAGAGUUCAUCCUUGUGGACCGGGACGUGAGGGUCAAGAAGAAGGGCAACAUAUACAGCCUCAAUGAAGGCUACGCCAAGUACUUUGACCCAGCUGUCACCGAGUAUUUACAAAGAAAGAAGUUCCCAGAGGAUGGGAGCGAACCUUAUGGAGCACGGUAUGUGGGCUCGAUGGUUGCCGAUGUUCACCGGACUCUUGUCUACGGAGGAAUCUUCCUUUACCCGGCCAACGUGAAGAGCCCAAACGGAAAGUUGAGGCUGCUGUAUGAGUGCAACCCCAUGGCCUUCAUCAUCGAGCAGGCUGGAGGGAUGGCCACCACGGGGCUCAUUGAUGUCCUGGAUAUCCAGCCGGAGAGCAUCCACCAGCGGGUUCCCGUGGUGCUGGGUUCCCCUGAUGACGUGACGGAGUACGUCAACAUCUACAAGAAACACUUUCCCUGAGAAGGAGAGAGGCGGAAUGAGAGAGCAGCUAUACUAUGAAUGCUGACACCAGUGACCAAAAAAAAAGCAUUGACCAAAAUGAAGACCAACCAAACUACACUUCAUACCUCACAAACUGGACCUCACACUGGAGACCCACAAUGCCUAGCAUUAUUGUUCAGACUGCACAUGUUGAUAGUGGGGCUCAACUGCAGGAGUACUGUGAAACAUUUACGGUUAGAAUCACUCCAUCAGAACCAAUUGGCACCACAUGAUGGCAUAUGCCUGUAAUCCUUGAAAAGUGACGGACAUGGUGUUCAAAUGAGAUUUGCACAAAUUAAACCCAAAGUCUUUAUACAUUA